CCUGUUGCUCCCAGAAUUCCGCGCGGUCCAAGAUGGCGGCGCCCAGACCGGGACCGUUGGGCGGGUUCCCGUUUCCCGCGGGAAAUGGCGGCGAUCCGGGGGGCGGAGGAGAGAAGCUGAAGAGACCGUGCCGGGCCUGUGUAGACUUCAAGACGUGGAUUCGCGAACAGAAGAAGGUGGUGUCUGCGGAUGUUGCAGAAGACCUGGAUAAAGAGCGUCCUGUUGAAUGCCCUUUAGACCGUGAAGAACUGGGAAGAAGCACCUGGUCUUUCCUACAUACGAUGGCAGCAUAUUACCCAGACAGGCCGACCAAUAAUCAACAGGAGGACAUGAAGCAGUUUAUUUCUUUGUUUUCAAAAUUCUUUCCUUGUGAGGAGUGUGCAGAAGACUUGAGAGAAAGACUGAAGACAAUGCCUCCAGACACCAGCAACAGGUAUAAAUUUUCCCUGUGGAUGUGCCUUCUCCACAAUGACAUUAACAAGCGAGUGGGAAAACCAGAGUUCGAUUGCUCCAAGGUGGAUGAACGAUGGAGAGAUGGAUGGAAGGAUGGUUCAUGUGAUUGAUUUUUAAACUUCACAUGUGUUAUUUCAAAUUAUCUAUUUGGUGUUUUUCCCUGUCCUUGACGAUGUGCUGUUACUUGGUUUUGACUAGUUGGAAACUACAGUACGUGCUACCUUAAUUUUCAUGCACAUUUCUACAUUUGCAUUUCGCAAUUCCUAAAUUAAAAUAGAUUCUCUCUCGACAUGCUCCCUCACCUGGGAAAAUGGGAGACAGGUAAUGGAAUAAUUUCACUUUAAACAAUUACUCUUGUGUCUUUAUCCUCUAGGGGGUGCAAUUGCUUCAGAAUAGUGAUUUGUUUGUGUGGAGACAUCUCGCUUCUUCCUGAGUGAGUGUAGCUACAACAGACGGUUGAGGCAAAAGGGAUUUUAUAUUUCAAUCCACAAAACAAAUUUGCUUGGGAGAGGUGAACAUUUUGGCUCUCCAGUUCCCCCCUCAGCAUUGCAAAAAAUUGAGAAAUUUUGCCAGGUUUUAAUGGUUUUUCAAACUGUCUCCAUCAAGAUGAGCUGGUGAUAUCUUCAAACAUCUAUUUUCAGUUUGAUAUUAAACGGCUAACAUUGAGCUACACUAUUAGGAGAAUCACAAUAGACCUUUACCUGGCUGUGAACCAAGAAACUGAGUACAGGGUAAUUAGCUUCCAAUAUGCCCGUCCGAGGGAAUUUAUAAAAUUUCAAAUUAAUUGGUGAAUCCAUGAAAUUGCAGGGGAUAUAAUAAUUCUGAGCUCUGUGCAAUGAUACUAGUGAAACUUUGGCGAACAAAAAUGAAUUACACCCACGUCAACUAGUACAGUAUCCAAAGGAGGAUGUUUAGUACAAGUGCUAUUACAGCUGUACUAAUGUAUUUUCAAGUCUGGUACUGAAAGAAUUAUGUAUUGGGGUCAGUGUUGUCGAUUAGAAAAGUUGGCCACGGUGUUGAAUAGCAGUUUUUGUGACGUUGUAAUAUGCGUGUCCACUGCAAUAUGUAAAAUGUGCAAUUCAGGCACUAUGUGUCACCCAACACACCAACCCCAUGUUAAUAGUCUAGAAACUGUUAAUGGAAAGGAAAGCCAAGACAUUGUAAGCUUUUAUAAAUAAUUAUGAUACUUGAAUAUAAAUGGAAAAUAUGCCAUGUGUUGGAACUGUAGAAGGUUCUUAGUCACAGGGCUGUGCUUCCAGAAGCCCUCAGCUGAACACUGCACCUGAUCUUGGCGGCCAAAGGCUUCUGGAAGCAGCUGUGAGACGUUGAGAACAUUAUGGGAUGAAAUUUGAACAAAGAAAUGAAGGACUAAACUAAAACUCUAAAAAGUUGCAAUCGUUUAUUGCACUAAAUUUGUAUAAAUGCAACCAAAUUGGGCUGGUUGUAGAGUAUCUGCAACCAUUCAGAGUUUGAAUAACUGUGUUGUCAAUCAUCAUGGAAGAUUUAUUUCCUUAAAUGGCCUUUUUCAUAUCUGUCCCCAAGCUCCUCAGUUUAUUUCGGGGAGGAAGUGCAAUGGUUGUCAUCCCACAAAAGACUGAUUGAUUCUUGUCAGACAAUUAUGACCAUCCAGCUGUGGAUGCAGGAUGGAAAUAAAGUUUCAAAUUCAAUUUUUAAGAAAUGCAAAGAUCUGAACACCUUUUGUAAUAUUUGAGAACAGAGUUAAUGUGAUAUUUUUGUGUUUCAACUACUAAAAGGUUUAAAGGGUAUUUAUGCUUUAAUUAUUGUGUUACUUUGUUUGGUUAGUACUUUUACUGUGAGCUAAGCCUAGGUAUGUGCAGAGUGUCUUGAUGAAUUAGCUCAAUUACCCUUAUUUAAAUUUGAUGGCUGAGCACCAUUCUGAAUCAGUGCAUGAAACAAAUAGUGAGAUGUAAAUGUGCUGUUUGUUAGUACAGUGGGUUACUGUUCAGGUUACAAUCUGUCCAUUUCUUGUGAAUUCAUUAAUGGCGCAAACAGUAAAAUGUACAGUAUGGUUAGCCAUAUAUGAUCAGCACCAUCUGGCCUGGGCUGUACUACUAUCCCCUUAUGAGAUUGCCAUUGGAGAUAGUGGCAUAGAAGAAAUUUAAAUAUUCUACGGAAUGAAUUAAACCAUGAGAGAGUUUUAAUAACCAUUACAAUUUGAUCUAUUGAAAGGACAUGCAAUAAAAUAAAACACCUCUUGAUUUCAAACCAAGUGGUCAGACUAUAGGAGCUUUCUGUUCAUUGGUGUUCACCAUGACCAUCCUGCUUAGGUCAGGAGAGAAGAGCCGAACUCUCAAAUUCAGGUUUACAACUGCAAUACCCUCCAAGAAGAUAAGAUGCCCCUUCAGAGUAGCUAAAAUACUGAAAGGUUUGAGAAUCCUGAACUCCUUAGUAUUGUCACUGUUUUGUAAUAGGUUCCAGCUACUGCAUUAUCCUGUUUUAACUACAUCGUCAAUAUAAAAUAAUUUUCAUCUUUGCAUAUUUUCUGGAGUACAUUCCUAUUUGAUCAGUAACUUAUGACUGGAAGUUAUUACAAGACUUUGUUCAGAGAAUAUUAAAUGUUUAAGGAGGUAAGAUAAACCUUACUAUUGCACUAAUUUUGAAGAAUUAAAAACAAAAUCCAAAUGGUGGAAGUAGCUGCUAGUGCAAUCAACAUUGUUACUACUAUGUUACACAAGAUUGUACAUACUUAAAUAUACUGUACUAUGUGGCUAUGAUCUAAAGAGGUUUGGGUUUUCUAAAGGGUUCCUUGUCUGUGCACCUUCUGGAUUUGUCAUAUUGUAAAAAAAAGAAAUAAUCAAGAGCAGGACACCCAUAAAUGGCUGGCUUUGAGACUCAUUUUGCUCCAGGAGUAUGUGCAAUAAUGAAGACUCUGUCAGACUCUAUCUAAUGCGAUGCCAGAGAAACUUAGACUACAAUAGCCAGUACAUCCACAAUUCUUCGUGCUGCAUCAGUUCUAAGAUCUGCCUUAAGUGAAACAUUUGUUUUAUACAAUUACGGAGUUUAUUUGUUCCACUGACAAGAACUUACAAUCAAGCUGCAUGAGACUGUUUUUCUGAGAAUUUGAUUAGGGAUAUAAGUAAUUGAAAUAAUGCUGUGUUUAAAUUUUAUACACUUCUGUUAUUAAUUUCAAAUCACUGGGUGGUCAGAUGGACUGUUAUCAUUUGAUCUUACUCUUUUAGAAUGCUCCCUCUACCCUCUAAUACAGCAAAUUAGCUCUUUCUUAGAUAACGCAACAUCUAUGCCACAACACCAGUCGUUGACCAUCUUCUGUAUAUUUUCCUGUUUUCUUUUCACAACCCUAUACCUGCUCCCGCUUGUCCUCUAUUACAUGAAUGUAUCUAGAGGUAUUAUUUAGGUUUAUUUGCUCUGCCCUGUUGGAUACGUUGUAUACCUCCUAAGGUGUCCUAAGGACAACUCCUUUUGAAGCUGAAGAUCACCAGCUCUUCCCUCUGACUUUGAAGAUCAGUUUUUUUCCCCCUUUUCUGGAUCAUCCUAUUUUGUUGUGCCAGUAAGAAUGGUAAACAUAUGCAGCCUGACUGUGCAGCUUGAUCAUGCUUUCAACUGAAAGGACACAACAAUAUAACCCAGAAUCCUGUUUGCUUUGUUUAUUCUCAUCUUGCACUAUUGGAUGAGAUGAGUGAUAAGUUAACUAAUCUCCGGAGGUAUCUUGCAACUUCUCCCUUGGUGAAUUUUAUGUGGCUCAUAAAGUGCAUCAGCUUUUUUUUGCAAUUUUCUGUCUUUCACUUCUUAUCACUGAUCAAACCAUGUGCAAAUCUUGCCAGGUUCUUCUGGUAAGAUCUUGGCUGCUUACUGAGUUCACAGUAAACCAGCUCGAUAUCCUUUGUGAGUAUACCUGCCUUGGAUUGAGACUGUGAGGUUAGGCAGGAAGAGGGUAGGUCCCAGCACAGAUCUAUGGGCCACUCCACUAAAACAUGUGUCAUCGUUUCAGGCAUAAAAUUCUGAAAUCUUCUUAAAAUGAGAUAAGAAUUCAUAAGGUGUUUCCUUUAUUUGGCCAAGGGAAAGGAGAAUCCCAUCCAUAUCUCUUUACAUUUGUUGAAUCUUAGAAGCUGGUCAAUUAAUUUGACUUUAUAAUAAAUGUAACUUCUUGCUCGCAAUGUUGUUUGGCGGAGUUCUAAGAUUUUGACCCAUCAGUUAUGCAGUAACUUUAUAUGUCUAAGCCUGUGAAUUUAUUUCCUCAUUAAUGGCAAGAGAAUGUUCUGAGUUGACAUCUCCUCAUCUUUAGAGAAAGGUGAGAGACGGCUCGCUUAAACAGAUUAAUAACUCCUUUCUUGUAACAGUCUUCAUGGUAAAAGAUAAUUAAAAAUAAAAUCUCCAUUUGAUGGAAAAAA